UAAAAGAGCGAGAAGAAGAAGAUGCUCUUGUAAGGUAGAAGAGUCCAUCCCAAAGCUGUCAGCAGAUGGAUAUGAGACAAAUUCAUGAGCUGCUUUUUGUUGUCCUGACGGUGAUGUCAGCCUCGAACUCUUCUUAGGCAGCAACUGCGUGAUGGGGACCGUCAGUGAGCUGUGUGCUUCCAGCUUUCAGGCGUUUUUGUGUCCGACGGUGCGAGCUUUGGAGGCUGCUGCUCCUGCUACUAGUACAGUGCCUGAUGACCUCAGCCCAGAAGAGAGACAGGAGCUGGAGAGCAUCCGCCGCAGAAAACAGGAGCUACUGCAGGACAUACAAAGGCUGAAGGAUGAGAUAGCCGAAGUGACCAAUGAGAUUGAAAACCUGGGCCUGAGUGAAGAAAGGAAAACCAUGCAGAGGAACAAACAGAUGGCCAUAGGCCGAAAGAAGUUCAACAUGGACCCCAAAAAGGGGAUCCGAUUCCUGAUUGACAGCUCCCUGCUUAAAAAUACCAGCGAAGACAUCGCACGGUUCCUCUACAAGGGCGAGGGCCUGAACAAGACGGCCAUCGGCGAGUACCUGGGAGAGAGAGACGACUUCAACAUCGAGGUGCUGCACGCCUUCCUGCAGCUGCACGAGUUCACCGACUUGAACCUGGUCCAGGCGCUCAGGCAGUUCCUGUGGAGCUUCCGUCUGCCAGGCGAAGCCCAGAAGAUCGACCGCAUGAUGGAGGCGUUCGCCCAGCGCUACUGCCACUGCAACCCCGGAGUGUUCCAGAGCACCGACACGUGUUACGUGCUGUCCUUCGCCGUCAUCAUGCUGAACACCAGCUUGCACAACCCCAAUGUGAAGGACAAACCCUCCGUUCAGAGAUUUACAGCGAUGAACCGAGGGAUUAACGACGGAGGAGACCUGCCAGAGGAGCUUCUCCGGAACCUGUUCGAAAGCAUCAAGAAUGAGCCCUUCAAGAUCCCAGAGGAUGACGGCAACGACCUCACGCACACCUUCUUCAAUCCUGACCGAGAGGGCUGGCUGCUCAAACUCGGUGGCCGAGUGAAGACCUGGAAGAGGCGGUGGUUUAUUCUCACAGACAACUGCCUUUAUUACUUUGAAUUUACAACUGACAAAGAACCCAGAGGGAUUAUCCCUCUGGAAAACCUGAGCAUCAGAGAAGUGGACGACUCCAAGAAACCGAACUGCUUCGAGCUCUUCAUCCCGGACCACAGAGAUCAGGUGAUCAAGGCCUGCAAGACGGAGGCGGACGGCCGCGUGGUGGAGGGCAACCACACCUUUUACAGAAUCUCUGCCCCCACCGCCGAGGAGAAGGACGAGUGGAUCAACAGCAUCAAAGCCGCCAUUAGCAAGGACCCCUUCUACGAGAUGUUGGCCGCCCGCAAGAAGAAGGUUUCCUCCAUGAAGGGCGUGUAGAGCGUGCUAACAGGUUUGACUGAUUGCUGCAGCUGGAAAAAUGGACCUGAAGUUGAGAUGUAAAAGAACCACAGUCUGACAACUAUUACACAUUUUAGCGACAGCAGCACUUUCAUUUCCCAGCUGCAAAAUCAACUACAUUUCCUGUUUUUUGUUGUUUUUUUGUUAACCCCCACCACCACCACCAAUGUUAAGAGAACCACUUCCUCAGGGUUUGUUGCUUCUCCAGGUGAGAAGCUGACAUCUGGUAAAAGACGACACAAGUAGAAUUCAAGUCAGAGGCUGGAAAUUCAAAUGCUAAACGUGAGCGUUCGUUAACCGCAGAAUUGGUUUUUUUUUUCCUCCAUGCAUUUAAAGCACAUUUAGUGGCAAUGAAGCUUUUCUGUUGAUAUUUAUUUGUCAUUAUUUAUUGUUUUGUGUGUCUCAUUAAAAGUUUACAAACAGUCAAAGCUCUUCUGUUGGCUUU